GGCCAGCCCGGCCCUGCCCGGCUCUGCCCAGCUCAGCAGCCAUGGAGGCAGCACUCAUCUUCCUGUGCUCCCUGCUGGUGCCAGCAGCCGUGGCAGACGUGGCCACCCAGGAGAAGGAGGAGGAGGAUCCCUUUAACUACGAUUACCAGAGCCUGAGGAUCGGGGGGCUGGUGUUUGCCGUGGUCCUGUUCACCGUGGGCAUUCUCCUCAUACUCAGCAGGAGGUGCAGGUGCAGUUUCAAGCAGAAGCCCAGGGCUCCAGGGGACGAGGAGGCUCAGGCGGAGAACCUGAUCACCUCGAACGCGACGGCGGCACAGAAAGCAGAGAACUGAGCAGGAGCCAUGCGACCCAGAGACCCGAGGACAGACGCUCGGAGCGCAGAUGCCCGCGGCCUGCGAGGAAACUGAAACCCCAGCAGCAGGUCCCUCUCAGGAGACGCGGAGCUGACGUGUCUGUGUCCCCCUCUGUGCUCCAGCACCGGUUCUCUGUUUCCUAACCCGACUAAACUCUGCUCACCGUCCUCGCUGCCUCCCGUGGUGUGUAAUGUUGCUGUGAGAUGAUCAUUACCUCUAGGGCUAGUUGUUGCUGAUGUUGUAAUCGUGACUUUCUCUUCACCUUUCUCGUGCUGUGCGUGUGAUUCGGGCUCUGUAGGACUGGCAGGCGCUGCCCUUUGGGCUGCCCUCCAAGCCUGGGAACAGGGAAUGUGGGCUGCGGGGCAGGGACCCCCAUUCCCUGCCCAGUGCCAGCAGCACAGCCCCACUGGCUUUGGGCAGGGCUUGGGGGCCUGCAGUGCUCUGGGGACCUGCCCAGCCAUUUCAGGGCCACCUGUCCCCAUUUCAGCAAUAACCCCUGCAUGCCCCAGCCUAAAAACAGCCAUGGUGUGGGGUGAGUCAGGCAGGGACAACCCAUGGCUCAGCCCUCCUUGCUGGGGUCACUGGGGUGCUGGAUUCAAGGCUGAAGGGAGCUCUCCUGCCUCUCCUGCUUGGCACUCCCCAGUUCUGUCCCUGGUUAAACCUGUGGGACGCUGCUCUAAGUGUGAGACAAGGCCGUGGUGGCAGAGAAGCGCGUGAGGUCCCCAGCACAGUGACACUGUGGAGGAGGGCGGCAGCACAGCGGUGACCCCGCUAACCAGCACAAACCAGCUCCUGCCCACAAGCCAGAGCUGGGUGGGUGACACAGUCUGAGGGCUAAAGAGAAGCAGAGAUCCUGUCCGUGUUUGUCUCCGGCAGGGAAGGGGCAGCAGCAUUUCCUCCUGGUGCUCCCUGCCCCUCCUAACGCUUUGUCGCUCCCUGUGCCACCCAUGUCAGUGCUGUGUGUUGUCCCGUGGUGGUUCCGUGUCACCCCUGGUGCCAGCUGUCCCUUCUCCCCACAGAGCAGCAGCAAGUGGCACUGAGCGAUUCUCGGGGCUUUUGCACACCUGAGCUUGCACUGUGACAGCGUGCUGAGCCCAGAGGCCAUCGUCACCCUGUGUCCUCUCAUGGGUCAGAGGCAAGCCUGUGAUUUUUGGCCCUUCCUCAAAGGCUUGGGCAGGCAAAAGCUUGGCUGGGGCUGGGGACUGCCAGCUCGGAUGGGGGCAGGAGCGGGGGUCCCCAGGGCUGCACUGAAACACCUCAGGGUGCCAUCCCCACCCUGGGAAGGGGGUCUUGUCCUCCAGGAUGGCUUUGAGAGGGGUUUCUGCUGUGUCCAUCCCACUGUGGUGGCCCUGCUGCCAGCGUGGGCUGUAUCCCAGUGUGCUUGGCAUCACCUGGUGGCACCGGGAAGCUCUGUCCCGUCUGUGCCCGGCAGAGGGACCGUGUCUCUCAUGUUGUGUCCCUUCCCUCCAUCCUGGCUGUCGCAGAGAGCUCCCAGGCAGAGCAGACCCCCGGCCCGGCCCCCGCGUGUCACGGUGUGUGUCCCGUCGGAGUGCCCGUGCUGUCCGUAGUGUGCCGUCGGUGUAACCACGAAACAAAGAGCUCCCUGUGGUGUGUGAAAUGGCCAAACCCUGACUGUUGUAAAAUAAACUGAGCUAUUGUGUCUCCUUUUAAAUAGGCGAGUGUGCUGCUGUGCUGGAGGGCUGGUGUGUUCUGUGCUGUGACCUAAGGGGAAAGGAAUAAAAUAUCGUUUCUA